CAAUCGUUAUCAACAGAUAUAAACCAUAGUGUGCCAGCCAUAUCAACGCUCAGUCAAGUGUUCGACGCAAACCAAACCGCAGCAAACAUGGAGGUGAAUCUGCUAUUAUUACUCAUCGUAGUAGCCGUACUGGGAUGGAUUUAUCGCCUCGUGAAGAAGCACUAUGACUACUUCCAUGAUAAACCGAUACCUUCGAUGGCCAACGUUCCGAUCUUCGGGAGCACCGGUCCACUUAUGAUGAAAAAAUGCUCCUUCAACGAUUUCAUCGAAGCGGUUUACAACAAAUACCCUAGUUCAAAGGUAUUUGGACUGUUCGACAUGACGACGAAAAUGUUCGUCCUACGAGACCCGGAAUUGAUCAAGAAGAUUACCGUUAAAGACUUCGAGUACUUUGUCGACCGACGGCCCCUGUUCGGAGACAACAAAGAGGAUGACAACAACGAAGACAUACUGUUCAACAAAACCUUGGUAGGCAUGGUCGAUCAAAGGUGGCGAGAUAUGAGAGCCAUCCUAAGCCCGGCCUUUACCGGAAGCAAAAUGCGCGCCAUGUUUGAGCUGAUCGAAGAGUACAGUGCGCGGAUGGUGCCGAUUUUGAAGGAACAAUCCAGCAAAACCGGCUAUGUGGAUUAUGAAAUGAAGGACUUUUUCUCAAGAGUGGCGAAUGAUAUCAUAGCCACUUGUGCAUUUGGGCUGCAGGUGGAAUCACUAAAAAGCCGUGAUAAUGAGUUCUACACAAUGGGAAAGCAAAUGAUGAACUUCAACAGAUUGAUUGUGCUAUUAAGAGUGAUGGGAUUGAGAUUCUUCCCUAGUUUGAUGAUUAAGAUGGGUGUUGACAUUGUAGACAGAGAACAGAAUCAAUACUUCUCGAAGAUUAUAAAGGAAGCAGUGCGAACUAGAGAGUCCCAUGGUAUUGUUCGGCCUGAUAUGAUCCACUUGCUGAUGCAAGCAAGAAAAGGUACCCUGAAGCACCAGCAAGAAACCACGGAAGCGACUGCAGGAUUUGCUACAGUUGAAGAAUCUGCUGUUGGCAAGACCGCCAUCACUAAAACAAUGACGGAGCCGGAGUUUAUUGCGCAAUGUUUGAUAUUCUUCCUAGCCGGGUUCGACACCGUUUCUACGGGAAUGGUAUUCACGGCGUACGAGUUGGCAAUGAAUCCGGACAUCCAACAAAAACUGUACGAGGAAAUUGCUGAAACCAACAAACAGCUAGCAGGAAAGCCUUUGACCUACGACACCUUGCAAAAGAUGAAGUACUUGGAUAUGGUCGUGUCGGAAUCUCUCAGAAUGUGGCCGGUAGCAGCAUUCGAUAGGAAAUGCGGCCGCGAUUACGUCUUGGACGACGGAGCAGGAUUGAAGUUCACCAUCGAUGCGGGAUCGUGCAUCUGGGUGCCAGUGUUUGGAAUCCACCGCGAUCCGAAAUACUAUCCAAACCCGGAGAAAUUCGACCCGGAGCGCUUCAGCGAUGAAAACCGAGACAAAAUCAACAUGACGAUGUACAUGCCGUUUGGUAGCGGACCGAGGAAUUGCAUUGGAUCUAGGUUCGCGCUGAUGGAGAUUAAGGCGAUCAUGUACUCGUUGCUGUUGAACUUCAGCAUUGAGCGAAACGAGAAAACGAAGGUCCCCUUGCAGCUGGUUAAAGGGUUUACCGGCCUGGCAGUAGAAAAUGGCCUACAGCUUAGAUUUAGGCUGAGGAAGUAAAACUUGUAUUCAUAUCUAUACGCAUAAUACAUGCAUCUAUAUACAUACUACAAUAAUAUGUAGAUGUCAUUAUGUAGGUAA